AUUUGGUCGAGAACAGACCCUCUUAGAGUCUCCAAAGAAAUUAGAGGUCAAAGAGGAAAAGCCCCCAAAGGGAAUGAAGAGGAAGUAACAAAAGAAGAGAAAGAGGUUCACCGUGAAAUGCUAAAGGAAGGAGCCCGUGCUACUCAUGCUCCAGCUCCCAUCACCAGGGAGAGACUAGAGGCCUCAGACAAGGAAAAGGAGAUAAGAAAAAACAUGACAACACUCAAAAAGUCUCAGGGGGAACCUGUAAGGAAGAUAGAAGUGAAAGAAGUGGUUCAUCCCAAGGAACAGAGAGACAAUGUUUGGGCGAGCCGUUCAAAAAACGCAGAACGCUCCCGCCCCGAUUCCAGCGGUUUUGGCAACAACCACCACCAGCAGCACAGCCGGCAACAACACAACCAAGGCCGUGGAGUCCAACAUAUGGGGCGUGGCCAAACAAACACCACAAACAGCGAGAGCACCUCCCCAAUCACUACAACAGCCACAACAGUAACUGUGAGUCAGGUCAGCAACACUAUCACCAACACCACCAACACCGGCACCACAGCCACCGAGGGAACAGCACCAACAGUGGCAAGGGUGCCUACUCCUCAAGAGCCAAUUGGCACCACACAACCAACACCACAGCCGAUGCAGCAGCAACCUCAGCCGUUAAUGCAGAUCCAGCACCAGCCACCAAUACAGCAGCAACAGCCACAGCAAAAUCAAGAACCUCAACCGCUGGCCGGGACCAUAGCAGAAACCACCACCACUACAACCACUACUCUGGCACAAGGGUCUUCUCAAACAGCAACCGGCGGAAGAGAGACCACUGAGGGAAAGAGUGGAGAAGUGGCUGAGAGGGAGAGUGCCGAGCGGGCGGGGGGCAGCAAACCAGUGUCGUCUGGAGGUCGUGGCAGCCGUGGAAAUCGCUACGAAUCCUCCCGAAGUGGAGGUCGCAGUGGUGGACCCAGGGGUAGCACCUAUCCUGUUUACCGUGGUGGCCGAGGGAGUCGCAGUGGGGACUUCAACCGCAGAGGAAGAGGACCACCACCAAGAUUCCAGAAGCGCAACUACAGAGGUGAUGAGGAAUAUUACUAUGAAGACUACCACCCACGUUCUCACCGUGAACGAAAGGAUGAUUGGAGCAACAGCUGCGAGGGAGACUGGAACAGCCAAGGAGGUGGAGGGAAUAGCAACAACGCCAGCAGCAACCAGAACACACCAACAGUGGCUCUGCUCAACCCAACAACCGGGAGGAGAGCGGCGAUGGUGAGCGCUCCCAGCAGGUAUGCUGAUGAGGGUAAAGCAACUGUUGUAGAGGCAGGACAGACAGAUGCUGCUGGACGCAAGCUGCAACAACAGCAGAGUAGGUUUGACCGUAUGCCACCUAGAUUCCAGAAACGUCGUGAAUUUGAGCGUCAAAGAAAUGGCGUCAGUGGAAGUGGUGGUGGUGGUGGCAGCAGCAGCAAUAAUGGUGGUGGUGGUGGUGGAGGGGGUGGUGGCGGUAGCAAGAGAGGUCGAGGGACACCUGUGUCAUCGUCGGUCUUGGGCUCUGGGGGGGUCGGAGUGGUAUUAACGCCAGCAAACAAGCCAGGUGUAAAAGAAGGGACUCCUGAGACAACUGAAGAGGCUGAUUGGGAAACAGCAUCUGAAAGUAGUGAUCCUGAGGCUCGGAAGGAGAACAAAGAGAAGGCUUCGAACCCAGCCCCUAAACCCGACCAUCGUAAGGGAAGCAAAACCGACAGGAAGAUCGGUGGUGGUAGUUGGGCUCCCUCAUCAGGUGGGGGGUCAUCCCAGGGCCGCAAUUCACUUGGCAAGGAAUCUAAAGUUGAUGGCCCAGGUGCUCCCCAGAGUGCCAGCCAGCAGAGGUUUGGUGAGAAGAAGGCUCCCCAUAAAAAUGAAAGAAAUAAGAGUGGACCAACAAGUGGAAAGGGCACAAAAAAUGAAACUACUGUCAAUCAAGUGCAUGAGAUAAAGUUAAACCCUAACAUGGUACAUCAGGCUCUCUCUGAAGUCAACAACAAAAGUAAGCCCAAGCAAGAGAAAGCCAACCCAUUGGAGGGCAUCGACUUGAAUAAUUAUGCUAGUGUUGUGAUUGUAGAUGACCAGCCACAGGUUUCUGAACUCAUCGGUGAUAUUCUUGAUUCCAAUGAUGGCUUUCAGCAAGUCACAAGACGUAAGUCUGGGAAGGAAAAGGGCAAGCCAUUGCCUGAAGAAACCAUCUCUGCUGCUGCUGCUACUGCAGUAGUUACAGAGGCAACAGGAACAGCAGGGACAACUACUGUGUCUGGACCUGCCCCUUCCUCUAAUGCCAAGAAACAACCAAAAGAGAAGAAGAGUCGAUCCAGCAAGUCGAGUGGUUUUGAGCGAUCUCGUCAGAGUAAGCUUCCCCCAAGACUAGCCAAGCAGCGAGAAAAUAAUCGUAUAAAUGCUAUAAAGAAUGCUGGCUCAUGUAGCCCUGUUGAAUCUCCUACCAACACACUCUUCCCAGUAAAAGACUCUGCUUCAUUGCCACCACCAAAGAAUGCCUGGGAUAAACCUUUAACAGCAACACUUAGAGCAAAUUCACCUUCCCAGGCUGCAGCAGGAACAGAUGGAGUCAGCCAGGGUGGAAGCAAGCCACCUUCAUUCGAUAACCAUGACAGUGGUGUUGAAAUCAGUGACCAGCCCAACUCUGGUGGCAGUAGCCAGCGGUCAAGUCCAAGUGAUGACCCAACUAAUUUUGCCAAGGUUGAUAAAACUACAUUGGAUGGGACAUCAGUUCCCUCCCAGACCAUCAUUUUUGAGAAUACCAAUUUUAAGGCUGCAGGAACCGUAAAUGCAACUGUAGGUGCCGAGUAUAAGGCCAAGUUUGGUGAAGCUCCAAAGCCUCAGAGACAACGCGAAAGUAGAGACAGGAAGAGUGCUUCUCCAGAGGCAUCCCUUGCCAUAAAAGAAGAGAAGGAUAAGAAGUCUGAAAGCCUGAACCAAUUGCCUUGCCACUAAGUUUCUCUACUAAAG